UGCUCAUACAGUAUGUGUUCAGUGAAGUGUCUGUGUCUCUGCAGUCCACUUUGCUUUUGUCUUCUUGAAUGGUGAUGCACCGGCUCAGCCCUCAGGAAAGAUGUUUUGGUUCACGGAAGGAAUGUGCUUUUUGCCAAUGUUUUUGGUAAUCUGGUCAUUGAGUACGUUCAUAAUAUCUUACAUCAUCGCAAUAACUCUAAAAGAUGUUGACGUUAUCCUUCCUUACAUCAGUGAUACAGGGGCCAUUCAGCCAGAGAGCGGUGUGUUUGGAUUCAUGUCGACCAUCGCUACCUUUGCAACCUUUGCUACGAUGUACGUUGAAUAUAAAUUUGUGGAGAGAGUCCAUGAGACAACCGGUGCCAUGUCCCCACGUUUUAACAAGGUUUCUUUUGCUUUUGGCAUCAUCUCUUGUGUCGGCAUGCUUUUGGUGGCUACAUUUCAGGAAACUACGAUGAGGAAAACCCAUGAUGUGGGUGCUUCAUUAUUCUUCAUAUGUGGCAGUAUAUACGCUGUUAUCCAAAGUGUGAUAUCGUACCGAGGUCAUCCAUAUGGAUGUUCCAAGUACACUUGCCAUUUCCGUGCGUUCUUCGCUGGAUUGGCUGUUCUAGCUGUAUUACCCACAAUUAUUUGUUCAGUUGUUGUCGGAAAAAACAGCCUUCACUGGGACACCAAUGAUAAGCACUACACAAUUCAUUUAGUGAGUACUGUGUGUGAAUGGAUCACUACUUUCAGUUUUGUCUUCUUCUUUUUAACAUACAUCAGAGAGUUCCAGCAAUUCACACUGAAACUGACUGUUAAUCUAAUCGAGAAUUCUUGACCAUGACAUCAUGCCGUUACAGUAUGUUUUGGUGUUUUUUUAAAUUAAUAGAAUUGUAUUUUUAUACAACUUACUACAUUUUCACUUUGAAAGAUCUGCUAAAGUACCGUGUAAUCAUUUGCAGUGUAUAUUUUGUAGCUUGUAUUUUGGUCUAGAAAGAGGGCAUAAACAUUUAAUUGAAGAGUAAUGUACUCUAACCAGUUGAUGCCAAACAGUUUAUAAAGCCGUUUGAUAAUGAUUCUCAAUUUACAAAGAAUUAAUGAUUUACCAAGAGAAAAUAGUUGAGCACAUCCAUAUUCGCAUGACUGUCAAUCAAUCUUCACUUUAAUUAUAGUUUGAAAUUCUUGCAUUGUUUAUCAUUCCAAACGUUCAGCGCAGCUGAAAGUGAGCAAAUGUUGUGUUUUAAUCUUGCACUUUAUGAAGUGGAAUGUCAAAAUAAGUCCAUUGUUUGCACAAUGUGUCUGACUCUGUAAUUGUGAAAUAAUAACACAUGAUGAUGAUGUGCAUGACCAACGAGAAGUGAUUGCUUUAAUGUUUGUAAUGAUAGGAAUAA